CAGAUGGAAAACUUUACGUACAACAGCCUCACUCUGCAGCUCGAGGGGUUAAGUGUCACCAAGACCAACAAGUACACAGUCUUCUUGUUCCUGCUGCUGGCCUACACCUUCAUCUUAGUCGCCAACGUGGGCAUCGUGAUCCUGAUCUGGACGGAUCGGAACCUCCACCAGCCGAUGUAUCUGCUCUUCUGCAACCUCUCGCUAAACGACGUGAUGGGAAACUCCCUCCUGGUUCCUCGGGUGAUCGCCGACAUCCUGGUGCCGCCGUCCGAGCGCCUCAUUCACUACUACGAGUGUCUGAUGCAGGCGUUCACCACGCACAUGUUUGGCACCAACGCUCACACCGUGCUCAUGAUCAUGGCAUUCGACAGGUACGUGGCCAUCUGUGACCCACUGCGCUACACUACAGUCAUGAACCGGCGGAUGGUGGUGACGCUGACGUUGUCCGCCUGGGGAUCGGCAUUUGUUUUGGUCGCCGUCCUGCUCGGUCUGACCAUUCGACUGAACCGAUGCAGGACUCUGAUCAUGAACCCGUACUGUGACAACCCCUCGCUCUUUAAACUCUCCUGUGAGAAUUCUUUCAUCAGUAACAUCUACGGCCUCACCUUCACCGUCGUGCUGCUCUCCUCCUCCAUCGGCGUCAUCAUCCUCACAUAUUCUAAAAUCACGGCCGCCUGCGUCAUCAACAAGAACAAGUCUUUGAACAGUAAAGCCCUGAAGACCUGCAGCACUCAUCUGAUUCUGUAUCUGAUCAUGCUGGUGAGCGGGUUUAUCCUCAUCAUCCUGCAUCGCUUCCCUCAGUACGCAGAGUACCGCAAGAUUUCAGCCAUUCUGUUCAACGUCGUCCCCGGCAGCCUGAACCCCCUCAUCUACGGCCUCCAGUCUCAGGAAAUACACAGGAGCCUCUCACAUAUGUUCCACAUGAAAAAAGCUGCACCAACGUUGUGAUUCUGGAGUAAAUCUGUGACCCGAAACUUUAAACAUUAAAACUGCAAAAAGUAGAAAUGUGGACA